CGCAUUUUUUAGAUUUACAUGUGAUCGUCUUCACUCGUUUUCCCUUCACACCGAGUAAGCUUAUUCUUCUCUCGAGUCACGCGGCGGCGACUCGUCAUGACUCGUCGCUGCUCACACUGCAGCACCAACGGACACAACUCCCGCACCUGCCCCUCCCGCGGUGGCGGCGCAGUCGCCGGCGGUAUCGGCGGAGUGAAGUUGUUCGGAGUUCGGCUCACAGAUGGCUCCAUCAUCAAGAAGAGCGCAAGUAUGGGUAGCCUCUCCUCCGCUCACUACCACUCCUCCUCCUCCGCCGCGGCUUCGCCGAACCCUAGCUCGCCGUCCUCCGACCCCCUCCGCGACGCGAUUCACGAGCCCGACGGCUACUUAUCGGACGAUCCUGGCCAGGCCACUUGCUCUUCCAAUCGCCGUGGUGAACGGAAGAAAGGUGUACCUUGGACAGAAGAGGAGCACCGGCUAUUCUUAUUUGGUCUCCAGAGGUUGGGUAAAGGAGACUGGCGUGGGAUAUCACGUAACUAUGUCAUUUCAAGAACUCCUACCCAGGUAGCAAGUCAUGCCCAGAAGUAUUUCAUUCGGCAGAGUAAUGCUACCCGAAGAAAGAGGCGUUCCAGCCUUUUUGAUAUGGUUCCAGACAUGGUCACAGAUACACCUCCUGUGCCAGAAGAACAGUUCUUGGUCCCGACUUCUCAGACUGGAGAAACUGACAAUGCAAGCUCAGUACCCUCUCUAAAUCUCUCACUUAACAUGGAAUUCGAACCCAUGGAAACAAUUUCCCAAGAGACGGUUAAAGAAGCUGAAGAAACUGUGAUACCACGUAGUGAACUCCCACCAGUGGUUCCUGCAUUCUUCCCAGGUUAUCUACCCGUCCCAUUUCCAUUUUGGCCACCAAAUGCAGCUCCAGCCGAGGAAGAGAAGGAAUCCGAGUCAUCUCAUCAAGUCCUCAAGCCAAUUCCAGUCCUUCCCAAGGAACCUGUCAAUGUAGAUGAACUUGUGGGCAUGUCUCAGCUCAGUCUUGGAGAGAUCAACAAUGGCCAUAUAGAUUCCUCACCGCUCUCCCUAAAAUUACUAGGGGCACCAUCAAGGCAGUCGGCAUUCCACACAAACACUUCAGUGGGUGGAUCGGAAUUAGGCAAGGGCAAGAACAGUGUAGUCCAAGCAGUUUGAAGUGGGAAGAAGGGGGAGUUCUUUCCUUGUGCGAAAUUUUCAUUUUGUAUUAUAGUUCUUUUAAGGCCAUUAUCUUGUUUUGUUUAACCUUUCUCUAAUAGUAUGAAGUGGUAUUGCCCUUGUGUAACAGGUUAGGUUAAUUUUGUUGGAAAUAUGUAUUCUUUCUACAUGUAAACAGCAGGUAGAGGUUCAAAUCAUUGGAUUAAUUUAGCUAUA